CACGAAAGACCAGUGCGCACGUCCACGUACGAUUAUUUUCAGAAUUUGGCGCGAGCGCGCUUUGAUGCGUCACUCAGGCAGACGACGGGAUGAUUGCUUGGUGGGCGCCACUGUCUUGGAAGACGCCCUCGCCUGUUGUGAUUAAUGCUGGAUUAUGAUUACUGCCUGCAAAGAAAGCAGCUGAAGGAUACAAUGUCGGUGACAGUGGAGACAACAGUGUCCAGCGUACUCCCACUGCCAACCCACUUCGCCCAGGCCGAGCAAUCCUUCUCCUUAAAAAAGCGCCGCCUGCCUUUCUCCUCCUCAUCGACGUCCAAUUUGUCCAUAUCAUCCCCUGCUCACUUGGCGCACUGUCCUCAGAUGCUACCACUGUCUAAAGAAUGCCCUUUUGUGAGACAUGUGUUCCCCCAGAAAAUGACCCCCUGGACGCCGCUGUCCUCCUCUCUCAGCCAGUCGCCUCCCCCUGAGUCUGUGUAUGACCCCAAAAAGCAGCAGUCAUAUUUUAAUCAGUGCUUCACUACGUUGGGCAUGCUUGGAAGGGGUUCUUUUGGUGAAGUCUUCAAGGUGCAAAGCCUUCAGGACGGAUGCCAGUAUGCUGUGAAACGCUCUGUCAAUCGCUUCAGAGGCAGCAAAGACAGGAACCGCAGGGUAAAGGAGGCAAGGGACCACGAAUGCCUCUGUCCACACCCUCACAUCCUCAACUUGGUGGCAGCUUGGGAGGAGAGUGAACGGCUGUACAUCCAGACAGAACUGUGUUGCAACAGUUUGCUGCUUCAUGCUGAAAAUCAGCCCCCCUGCCUGGAUGAGAACACAGCAUGGUCCUACUUGUGUGACCUUCUCUCAGCGCUGGACCACCUGCACUCUCACGGUUUUGUUCAUCUAGACCUCAAGCCUGCCAACGUCCUCAUCACGGACUCGGGGCGUCUCAAGUUGGGGGACUUUGGGCUUCUGCUGGAAGUCAAGGGGAACGGCUCAGAUCGAUUGUCGGAGAAGGCGAGAGAAGUCGACCAAGGAGGAGAUCCCAGGUACAUGGCGCCUGAGCUGCUGCGGGAUGAGUAUGGACCUGCUGCAGAUGUUUUCAGUUUGGGUGUUUCCAUUCUGGAGCUCGCAUGCAAUGUUGAGGUUCCCAAUGGUGGCGAGGGCUGGCAGCAACUCAGACAAGGGCGCCUCCCUCAGGUCACAAAGGAGCUUUCAGCAGACCUCCAGAGUGUUCUCCAGAUGAUGCUAGCUCCGGAACCUUCUGACAGGCCUACGGUGUCUCAGCUUCUCGCCCUCCCCUCAGUGAGGAAACGCAGGUGGAAGAGACGCCUUUAUCUGACGUUUGUCGAAACCGUGCAGAAUUUGGGGCUUUUCUGCCAGCUGCUGAUAAACUUUGGCCGAAGACUUUUCUUCUCCCUACAUUUGCCGUUCCUCUUCGGGUGGAGCAAGCCGGCGCCCUGCACUCCUCCCAAAGAGCAUUGGGACAAGGAGGUAAUGCUGCUCCUCAGCGCUGCCCACUCCGACAGCUCAGAUGACGACGCCGUGUUCCCGAUAGAACCCGUAGGACCGGAGCUUUCCCCCACAUUUUCACACAGGAUGAAAAGCACGUCCACUCUUCUCCCCCGUUUCCCAGGACUUGAUCAUCUAAGUCCACCCCAGACCCCGAGUCGCCUGAGUCCCUUUGAGUGGGCUCACUGUAACGGUGCACACACCAGCAUCCAAUCCACUGACUGCCACACAAUGACGCCUUCUUACAGCCCCUGUCUCUCAGAGACGCACAUUUCCUCCAGGCAGAACAGACGUUCCUCACAAAGGCGAGAUCGCAAGUGGAUCUGCUCAGAAGACGAUACGUCACGAGCCAGCUUUAAACCAAAGAACCUUCUCUGUUUCUUUGAGGAAACCAACACGGAGGGACAGCCGUGACUUCUAAAGACUUUCUGUGCUUAGGGAGUGCAAUUGGACCUAUUAAGUUCACUUCUUGCUGCUUCUUUUAGGAAAUCUUUCUUUUUUUUCUUCUUAAAAGCAUGCUUUGUGUUUCUAUGAGUGCAAUAACACACUAGUCCAGAUGUGUUUCAUGAGUGAUAUUUGAGUUCACGUCUAAAAAAAUAAACUGUUGUUAAUGUUAAGCAAA